GCACUGGAACACCUGCUGCAAUUAGGGUUUCCAAUUCGUCCCCUUUCUUCAUCAAUCCCCCAAAUUCUUCAAUUUUUUUCUCAAUUCCUCUCUAAAAAUGAAGAACCGAAACCCUAAAGACGCUGUAAUCAACGGAGACAAAUCGGAAGGCUCGAAAUCGGUGUACAAUAAGAAGAAGAACAUGAAGAGAUUUGGUAGGCAAGGCCGUUCACUCGAGAAAUCAACUAACAGCUACUACAACCCAUCUGUUAUAAAGAAGAAAAGGGAGUUCUACGAUAAUGCGAAGCAUGUGAAGAAGUAUAAGAAGUUGGUAAAGCAACAGCACACUGAUGUUCCAUUGGCUAUAAAAGCCCUCGAGGAUGAGAAUGAAACUGAAGAGGGUAGCAAGAUGAGUAAGAAUAACAAGAAGAGAAAGGAUAGAGAACCACGUAAUUUAAUAGAAAUAUAUGAGAAGAAGCAUGAAGAGCAAGAGAAGGCAAGAAUGGAGAAGGAGGCUAUCUUUCAGGCAAGGAAGGAAGAAAGAGAGAAGUCUGAAGCUCGGAGGAAGGAUAUUAGGGAGAAGAUGAUGAAGAAAACACGUAAAGGCCAGCCUGUUAUGAAGUACAGAAUUCAACAUCUUCUGGAGACUAUUCAAGGCUCUAUGAAUAAAUCAUAGUUUGUGAAUGGAUCAAACUGUUUUGAGUUAUGUACAAGUGUACUAUUCGGUUACUGCUUGAAUUCUGAACUCAACUUGGCUUGAUAAGGGCAAUUUUAGUUCCUCAAGCAAUGCAAAAACAAUUUUGAUAUUAUUAAUGUGGAAA